CACACAAAUUCUACGAUUUCUGUUUUAAACUCUCUAAUUACUAAUUUACUAAUCGAAAAUACGUUAUCUUGCUUAGAAAACAAUUUGAAAUACCUACCUAUUCGCGUUAAGAAAAUUAUCCUGUGUUUGGGAUUGUUUGUAACCUGUGAGAGAUGUCUUCAUAAGCGACCAUGGUAGUCAAGCAUGUCAAAGCCUCGGUAGCUUUGGUAGCAGUCGGUUCUCCUGCACUGCAUACUGAAACUUAUUAAUGUUUUCGCUCGGUCGGUGUGUCAAUAAUUGUGAUAAUCCCAUAUUGAACAUUAAAAUAUGUUUGAUUGAACUGCAGUGAAUUUAUAAAAUAUUCUAGUCUUGUUCUUCCAUAGUUUACCCUCGUUUUUGAUUUUACGGACUUUGAAAAAUAUCAGUUAGUGCCAUAUACAGCUCCAACAUGUUCAGCGACUCAUUCGAGAGGCGGCUGAUCCAGCAAUGCAGCCCCGUCAGCAGGAAAUCACUGGUCAUGAGGUCCGAGAGGAUGGACAGGUUCGUCCCACUCCGGCGGGGGCAGAACUGGCAGACCAGCUUUCAAGCAAAAGGCAAAGGCGCAGAGAACCAGCCACCAAAAUCGCAGAGAGACGCCAACAGCGACAGCCCAGGCGGCGGUCGCGACUACCAAGUGUACGGCUGUCUCCUGCGCAACGAGCUGCUGGGCACACAGAUCGAGGAGCUGAGGGGCCCGCCGGCGAACAGGACGGAGGGGAACCGGACGGCGCUCCGGCCGGUGAAGGACCUCAAGGGAUACAUGCCGCCUGUGUACAGCUUCAGCUCGCCUGUCAAGAAAGAGGACACAAUAAACACGCCGCCACACAACCUCUCAGCCAUAUCCACGCCCUCACAGAAGCUACUAUGGGCGCCCAGGAAGACCAUGCGCAAGAUCUCACGGAUACCGUUCAAAGUGCUAGACGCGCCAGAACUACAGGACGAUUUCUACUUGAACCUGGUGGACUGGUCUGCGCAGAAUGUGCUCAGUGUCGGUCUUGGCAGCUGUGUGUAUCUGUGGAACGCGUGCACCAGCCAGGUGACGAGGCUUUGCGACCUCUCAUCAGAAGGCAACGCAGUGACGUCAGUAUCGUGGAGUGAGCGAGGCAGCAUCGUCGCCGUCGGCACACAGAAGGGACACAUCAGCGUAUGGGAUGUCGCUGUCAACAAAGAGGUAUCAAAACUGCACGGACAUUCAGCGAGGGUCGGUGCUCUAGCGUGGAACGGCGAUGUCCUCAGUUCGGGUUCGCGGGAUCGGUACAUCAGGCAACGGGAUACAAGGACGCCGCAAGUGAACACAGCGGUCCGGGUGCUCCAAGGCCACCGGCAGGAGGUGUGCGGGCUCAAGUGGUCUCCCGACGGUCUCUCGCUGGCGUCCGGUGGCAACGACAACAAACUACUCAUCUGGUCACUGCAUUCGUCGACUCCAGUGCAAACGUACUCGUCGCACGUGGCCGCGGUGAAGGCGAUCGCGUGGUCGCCGCACCAGCACGGGCUGCUCGCGUCCGGCGGCGGCACCGCGGACCGGUGCAUACGCUUCUGGAACACGCUCACCGGCCAGCCCAUGCAGUACGUCGACACUGGUUCACAAGUGUGCAACCUAGCGUGGUCGAAGCACUCGAGCGAACUGGUGUCGACGCACGGUUACUCGCAGAAUCAGAUACUAGUAUGGAAGUAUCCUUCGCUCACACAGGUAGCAAAACUAACCGGUCAUUCGUACCGCGUCCUCUACCUGGCUCUAUCGCCCGACGGCGAAGCUAUCGUCACCGGCGCCGGCGACGAAACGCUGCGAUUCUGGAACGUUUUCUCCAAAUCCCCGUCACACCGCGAGCGACAGAGCGUGCUUAACCUACAUACUUCGCUCAGAUAAGCCACAGACUAAAAUAUUAUUAUAGCGGCCGAGUGACAAUCUGCACGAUAAAGGUAACUGCAGACUAGUUUCAAACUAGUCUGUGGACAAUGUGCGUGACAAACAGUGAUGUGCGAAUCGUAGUGCCACAGACAAGAUGUCCAUAGACAAUGUGUCGGUGUUAGUCUUAUAGUGCAUUUAAGGUUUUAAACAUGGCUAAGGCUUAGUACUGUCCACUGUCAAGCAGAGGUAGCUAUUAGUGAGAUUGAUAUAGAUACCAAUGGUAUAGUAUUUUUGCGGAUAGCUGUCUCUUGCUUUACAUGUAAGUAGGACUGUGGGUACUAGGUUUAAAGGUCACAGUGCACGUAAAAUGCGAGUGUUGUCGACCUUAUCGAAUAGCAUACUGCUAACUGCUAACACAGAUGUGAAUUCAAAGUGCUAAAAAUAUGUAUACACCUUAAUGUACAGGCAAUAAAAUUUUUAUUCACAGCUGUGUUGUUGACUGUACAUAGUGGCGGCCAAUAUUGAGAC